CUGUAUUUUAGUAGGUGUUUAUUUAAAAAAAAUGCAUUUUUUAUUUUAUUUAGUGCUUAUUUUCUUAACAACAGAAUGUCGAAGAAAUUAUUCUGGCUACCGAGUUGCAGUUAUUACAACAAAUGAUCCUAGAAAUUUGGACAUGUUACUAAAUUGGCGCAAGUCAGGAAUAGACUUUUGGAGUGGUAUCAACACUAUUGGACUCCCAAUGACUGUGAUGGUUCCUCCGUAUCUCCAUAAAGACUUUUAUGCUUAUCUGGAAAGUAACUCUAUUCCAUUUGAGGAGAGGAUUUUAAAUUUAGAAAAACUUUUUGAGAGAGAAGAGUUACGACAAAGAGCAGCACAAGGUCUGGAAAGAAGUCGAAGGAAAUCAAGUCGCAAUGAUUUUGAUUUCGCUUAUUAUUGGACUCCUGAUAUAAUUAAUGACUACCUUUGGUCGUUAUCCGAAGAUUAUAAUAAAUUAAUAAAGGUUAAAAAGGCUGAAAAAAGUUACGAAGGUCACGAUAUUCUUGUUGUUAGAAUUUCUAACUCAAGUUUUGAUGGUACGAAGCCUAAGAUCUUCAUUGAUGCUGGAACUCAUGCGCGCGAAUGGAUUGCACCAAUGGUGGCAGUUUAUCUUAUUUAUGAACUUGUGGAGAAUUCAGAUGAAAAUACAGACUUAUUGGCUUGUGACUGGAUUAUCAUACCUUGUGUUAAUCCAGAUGGGUAUCAAUAUUCCCAUGACAAUGAUAGGUUAUGGAAGAAGACACGAUCUUUUAAUGAGGACAGUCCUAAUUGCUUUGGAGUCGAUGUAAACAGGAAUUACGAUUAUCGUUGGGGUUAUGGAUCAAGCAGUUUUAAUGAAAUUAACCCGUGCAAUGAAUCAUACCCAGGCCCCGACCCUUUUUCUGAAAUUGAAACGGAAACGGUUGCAAAGGAAAUGAAGAAGGAAGGGGAUGGAAUUGAUCUUUAUAUAAGUUUCCAUUCAUACGGAAAUUUUUUGGUCUAUCCAUGGAGCUACGACAAAAGAAUCCCUCAUGAUAACCAAGAGGAGCUUGAAAAAUUGGGUAACAUUAUAGCGUAUGCAAUUUACAGUGGUACCGAACGUAACUACACCGUUGGAAAUUCUGCCACUCUGCUCUCGCCAGCUUCUGGAACCAGUGAAGAUUAUGCAUCUGGUCGGAUGGACAUCGAUCUCUCAUAUACACUUUACUUACCUGGCGGAGGGAAACAUGGAUUCGAUUUACCUGGCGAUCAAAUUGCUAUGGUUAGUAAUGAGGUCCUUGUUGGGUUAAAAGCUGCUGUUGAGUAUAUCGAGAAAAUUGACUCGGAUAAAUUUAAUAUUAUCUAUCGUAUGCGUACAUUAACUAGAAGUAUAGAAGAUUACUAUUAAAUUAAAUUACUUUUUUUUAAUAAAAGCGUUAUAAAAUUAAAAAAAAUUAAGUAUUAAUGGUUCCGAAAAAGACUUGAAGAACUUGAAAAUGAUCAAUUUUACAUUUAGAAUAAAAUUAACUUUCAGGUAUAAUAUUUACGGGGAAUGUAGAGGAUAUAUUAAGGAGAAUUCGAAAAGUAAAAAAAACGUAUUUUGCAAAAAA